AUUAUCAAUUUCGUCACUUUUUCGUCAGAUCGCGGAACCCUCGACCCAAAUAGUCCGCCCAUCGCCUCUGUCUCGCAAUCCCUAGAAUUCCAUACUCUGCCUCUUCGCGGAUCGCUGUUCUUGAUUUCUCCUUCGGCGCCGAUUUCGGAUUGCCAUCGAGCUGAAUCAGAGUUUCUCCGGCUAAUCCUUCGAGAGGCUCCCCGUCGGCGUAGGGAAGCGCAUAGGCCGGAUCCGGACGGCAGCCUGGUGUGCAGGGGAGCUCGUUGUAGCCUUUGAUUCGGAUAGAUGAAAAAAUCAAAUAAGUGUGGCCUUGUCCAAGAUGGCAAUUGACAACCUUGCGUUGGAAUACUCCCUUCAAUUAAGUUAUAGGUUAAUUUGCUCAUGGCUGUCCCAAGUGAGCAAUUUUUGUCCCAUUCAUCAAGGACUCGAGUCCUGUGGAUUUCACUGAUUCAUACAUUUUGCGUUGCAUUUUCACGGUGGGUGUCAUGUUGCCAGAGGUUUAUCUUCAUUUGUAUGCAGACGGAUUUAUGACAUUACUAACAUGUGUUUGUGGCGGCUAAUUUAUCAAGAAAAUAUCAAUGAACAUAACAGAGGAAGUAGAUCAACUUUUGGACAAAACCCAUUCGGAAAUGCAUGCGUUAAUACAGUCAGGUGGUGUUUCACCCAAGCCAAUUGAUGGUCCAACAAACAGUCGACAGCUAAAAUCUGUUUCUGACAGUCUAAAUAAUGCUGGAUCAUCUCUGCAAUCUCAGUCUAAGGCAAAGAGGAGGGACAAGAUUGAUCAGGGUACAUACAUAAUCAAGAGAGAGUGUCCCUCUAAGCAAGAUGGCAAUUCUUCUAACUUUAAAGCUGGGAAUAUGGUAAAGAUGGAAAUAGUAAAAAUUACAGAUAAAGGUGGACUUGGAACCACUGAUGGGGUUGAGAAAUUGGUGAAUCUCAUGCAUCUUGAUAAAACAGAGAAGACAAUGGAUGUCACUGUCCGUGCACUGGUUGCUGAUGUCAUUACAGCUACUCAGCGACAUGAUUGUCUUAUUAGGUUUGUUCAACUUAGGGGUCUACUGAUCUUAGAUGAAUGGCUUCAGGAAGUUCACAAAUCUAAGACUAAUGAUGGUAAUAGUCCCAAGGAAAGUGAUAAAACUGUUGAGGAACUCCUCUUGGCUCUUCUUCGUGCGCUUGCGAAAUUGCCAGUGAACCUUAGUGCUCUUCAGAAUUGUAAUAUUGGUAAAUCAGUGAAUAAUUUGCGAAGCCAUAAAAACCUUGAGAUACAGAAAAGAGCUAGGGGUCUUAUUGACACCUGGAAGAAACGGGUUGAUGCAGAAAUGACCAAGAUCAAUGAUGCAAAAGUUACCACAUCAAACCAAACUGUUUGGCAAGUUAAACCAGGUUCUUCUGAGCUUUCUCAAGCAGGAAAUAAGCGCAUUGUAGCACCAGAAGUGGCUAUGAAGAAUUCUGACAGUCAAACUUGGUCUGAUAAGCCUGGACAUUUGGAUGCUUCUGUCGAGUCAUCUUCAGUCUUAAAAGGAUCCUUUCCAGAUGGAUCAACAUCAGUAAUAUCUUCUGCAGUUGGUCUGAAGGACCCAUUUUGCAAAGUAGCUACUAACACUAACACAGGGAGUAUCGACAUGCUGCCAGUAGCUGUGAAUGAGAAGAGUAGUAGUUCUAUUCAAUCCCAGAACAAUAGCCAGACUUGUUCUAUUGAUCACAGAAAUACAGUAGGGAGUUCACGGAUGGAAGAUUCAAAGAGUUCAAAUGUUGGGUCAUUAAAUGCUGCUAAGGCUGCUGGUAGUUCAACACAUCAUCGAAGAUCUGGCAAUGUGGUUGCAGGAACACUCGUUCCUGGGGUGCAGAAGGAAACUCAUCUAGUAAAGUCUGGCUGUCUCAACAGGGCUAAAACACUGGAAAAAUCAUCACAAUCAAGUGUUAGAUGUGAAAAGUCAAUUGAUAUGCUCAUUCCAGAUCAUGGGAAUAAUAACCACAGGCUCAAUGUCAAUCUUUCUAACUCUGUUCAAAGCCCUGCAAGAAGUACAAAUGGAGGUUCAACCGAGGAUCCCACAAGUACAAGUGGCAGAGCAUCAUCUCCCAGCUUAUCUGACAAAUAUGAGCACAGUCAUCGUAAAGUGAAACUAAGGAGCGAUCCUCAUCAGUCUAAUAUCUCCACCGAUAGCAAUAAAGAGUCGCAGAAGAACAAUGAUGUCCAUGAACUUCCAUUUGAAGCCAGAUGUCUUAGAUCAUCUGGUGGCGAUGAACAAACCAGGGGUGCCAAGGAGAAAGAUAUAGAAUCUGUAAGAGCUACAAGUUCACCAUCUGGUAAUGAGAAGAUGAUUUCCUCAUCUGAACCCAGGACAAAAAGUUCUUUUAGUUCUAUGAAUGCCUUGGUUGAAAGUUGCAUCAAAUAUUCUGAAGCAAGUACACCUAAGGUCUCCGAAGAUGAUAUUGGGAUGAAUUUACUUGCCAGUGUAGCGGCUGGAGAAAUCUCCAAGUCUAACUUAAAUUAUCAUAAUAUUGUCUCACCCGAAGCCUCACUAGCUUUGGGGGACAUAUCAAUAGAGGACAAGUUGAGAUUAUCAAGUGAUGAAGACAUUGCUCAUUGUCCCAAGUCAAGGUUAGGUGAUGGUGAUGCAAUGCAGAGGCAUGUUCACUCUGAUGAAUCUGUUGACACAAGCUUCAAUAAGCAAGAUAACUGUGUUGAUAUCAUCUUUAAUAAAGAUGUUGCAUGUAACAAUGAGACUGUUCUUCAUGGAAAUAAUGAAACUACUCUUUCCGCACAAGAUAGUAAAUUGACAAACAAGCAGGAUGAUCAAUUUUAUGCCUCCAUACAGUGUCAUAAAUCUGAAGACUUGUGCAGUAAUUCGGAGAAGAAACUGGAGGGUGAAAAAGAUGGAACUUUCUCUGAGUACAUGUCAUGUGAUGUGUUGAAACAGGAUAUUGGUGAAACUUCUCAGCUUGAGGAAAAACUGAUAGAAGAUAGAGAAGUGCUAGAGCAUCACACAGAUUUCAAGCUUACAGAAAGAAGCUUAUUAGCAGAAAAAAGCAAGCCUGAUGAUUACACUUGUCAAACUAUUAAUAACAAUACGUGUUCCUCUGAAGUUCCUCCCAAAGAUGAAUGUCAACUUGAGAAUGCUGUUUCAGGUUGUGAAGAAUCAGAAAAGCUAGUCGGCGGUGAAUGCCAAUCACAUACUGCAGCUAAAGAGAUGGUUGAGAUCGGUACUUCAUAUGACCUGAAGCAACCUUUGCAAGGGAGUAAAGUGGUUAUUUCAUCUUACACUCCUGAUGUUCUGUUUCCUGAAAAUCACGAUAAGUCCAGAACUUGUAUGGUUGAUAACAUGGAAUGCAGUGACAUGGAGUUGAAUGGUAACGAUGAGAAUAACAAACCCAUUCUGUCUAACAUUGAUGAAUCAGUAAGAGAACCAACCAUCUCCAACUGCACUGUUGGAGCCAUCAAUGAUAAUAAGACGGAACAAUCUCAUGAGAAUUCAAUGGGAUUAGCCAAACAGGUAGAGCCAUCGAGUUGUAUGUCCCAAGAAACUGAGCAUCUAUCAAAACCUGCAGAUUCUCUGUUAUCUGAGGCUAUAGAAGGUGCUAAAGAUUAUGGCUCAUCACCUACAAAAACCUCAUGUGUUGUUAUGUCGGCAUCAGACUCUGCCAGUAAACUUGACUUUGAUCUGAAUGAAGGCGUCAUUGCUGAUGAUGGAUACCAAGGUGAGACUGCUAUUUCAGUUGCAACAGUUACUUCCUCUACAAUUCAUUUGCCCAUACUGUCUCCUUUUACAAGUCCCAUGUCAAAUUGCUCACCUGCUCAAAUAACAGUUGCUGCACCUGCAAAAGGACCCUUUAUACCACCUGAAAACUUGCUCAAGAACAAGGGUGAAACUGGAUGGAAAGGCUCAGCUGCUACUAGUGCUUUCAGGAGAGCAGAAUCACGAAAAGCUAUGGAGAUGACACUCAAUAGUUCAGAGUCAUCACCAUCUCAGUCUGCUGGGAAGCCGAGCUAUACACUACUUGAUAUUGAUCUGAAUGAACCUGAUGAGAGAAUUCUUGAAGAUGUGGUCUGCAACUCUUUCGAGUCCAGAGGCACUCAACUGGGGACAGCGAGCAAUCUUGAUGCAACUCCACAUAAUUUUGAAAGACUUGAGUUUGAUUUAAAUAGAGUUGAUCAGGAUACAGAAAAUUGCCAUGCCUUAGUAAGCACCUCCCGUAUUCAGGAUGUUCCACUUUUAGCUAAUGAACCUGCAUCGACAGAAUUGCAGCACACAAAAGCUAAUAUGUUAAGGAACUUUGAUUUGAACAAUGGGCCUGGAGUUGAUGAAGUUACUGCUGAAUCUCUAACUAGGAGCCAGAACUUGAAAAGUGCAAGUGGUUUGCCUUUUCUUUUUCCUGUGAGUAACAUCAGAAUGAACACGAAUGGAUUAAGUGCAUCAUCAUGGUUCCCCUCUGGUAGUCCUUAUCCAGCUGUUGCCAUACCAUCUUUCCUGUCCAACAGAGAGCAGCCAUACCCACUUGUCGCAGCUUCAGGAGCCCAGAGAACCUUUGAGCCAAAUACUCCUAGCGGCCUGUUUGGGGGGGACCUUUACAGGGGUCCGGUGGUUUCGUCAGCUCUUCCAAUGGGAUUUUCUCCCCCAGCAUUUCCAUAUGCUGAAUGCACUAUUGGACCUAAUUUUCCAAUUUCAGCUGCUUCCUUUUCGAGUGGUUUAGCAACCUUUGCUGAUUAUUCAUCCAGUGCCGGUUCAGGUUUCCAAGCUAUGCCUUUACCACUUGGAUCUGCUGGUAUUGUUUUAUCCAAUUACCAAAGGCCUAAUGUAGCAGUACUUGCUGAGGGUAGUAACAGCGGUGGAUCUUUCAAUCCUCCGAGAUGGAUCACACCAAACCUUGAUUUAAAUGCAGGUCCAGGAAAUAUAGAUGUGGAAGGUAAAGAUGAGAGGCUGACCUUAGCGUCAAGACAUCUUUUAGCUGCAACAUCCCAGGGUUUCUCAGAUGAACAGUUAAGAAUGCAUACUGUUCCUGCUUGGGGGUUAAAGCGGAAAGAACCUGAAGGAGGACGGGAAGCUGACAGAUCUGCCCACAAGCAACUCUCCUGGCGGUAAUUAGAAACUGAACGAGCAAGUUAUACGUAGCAGCUGAAAGCAUCCAAAAGCUUUUUGUAUCGGCUUUCACUCUGUUAUACACAAGCCCAAUCACACCAUUUUCUCAGGAGUGAAGUGAACUUCUUGACGAAACAAAUUUUAACUGCCAUGGCGGAUGGAGUUACUUCCUCAGCCGGGAUGUUUCUUCUUUACCAACCGUUCCACCGGAGCUGCUGCGUCAGGUGCUUUUACUUUCUUCAGUGUUCUUAGUACGGGACGCACCUGUGCUCGAUGCACCCUGCAACUCAUAAUCUGUUUGUGAAUUCCCAGCAUGCCACAUAAAUUGCUUGUAUCUACUCCAUGCUUCUUUUUUAUCAUACAUUCCGUUACCGAGUUUUGUCACAUGAGUUUGCAACAGCUUCAUCGACUAGUGUAGCAAAUCGAUCCCAUGUUUCUCUUCCAACCUAAAUGCAAUUCCUUGCCUGUUUGAAUGCAUGGGUUUAUAUGAAUCAUAAUGCUAUCAGGUUAUCCAUGUUCAAAUUUCUUAUUAUGUUGUAUGCUUUUUAUUCAUGAUGCAAUUCAUGCAAUGAUAGUUUCAAAUGAACUCUCUUUUCUUGGAA